AUGGCUCAUGCUUUCCUUCUCUUCGUCUUAUUCCCUUACAUUAUAUCCACAAAUAUUCAUGCCUGCAAACAAACUAAAUGCAGGUCCCUUCUGUCCUUUGCCUCCACUCUCUCUUCUCCUCCUUUAAAUUGGACAUCCAUUGAUUGCUGUCGUUGGAAGGGAAUCACUUGUGAUCAAGAUGGUUGGGUCACUUGUUUGCUCUUACCUUCCAAAGGGCUUAAAGGAGGUAUCUCUCCCUCUUUACUUGGAAAUCUCACAUAUCUCACCCACUUGAACCUUUCCCACAAUUCCCUAUAUGGUUCACUUGAAACUCAGUUCUUCUUGUCUUUGAAUCAACUUGAGAUCCUUGAUUUGAGCUAUAACCGUCUUUCUGGAGAGCUGCCACUUUCUCUACCAUCCAGCAAUAUCCAAAUAGUUGAUUUGUCAAGCAAUCUCUUCUUUGGUGCAAUUCCAUCUUCAUUCUUCCAACAAGCUAGCAACUUGACUAGUUUCAAUGUCAGCAACAAUACCUUCACCGAGUAUGUUCCGUCCUCUAUUUGUCUCCAUCUUUCUCCCUCCCUUAGGCUAUUGGAUUUUUCUUCCAAUGUAUUCAGUGGCAACCUUGCUCCUGGGCUAGGGAAGUGUUCUAAACUGCAGGUUUUUCGUGCUGGUCAUAAUAACCUCUCAGGAUUAUUUCCAGAAGAUAUCUAUAAUGUUACCAAACUUGAAGAAAUUGCAUUACCUCUCAAUUCACUACAUGGAGCCAUUAGUGAUAAAAUUGUCAACCUCACCAACCUUGCCAUCCUUGACCUUUCCUCUAAUCAUUUUGGCGUGGAGCUUCCUCUCAAUUUGGGGAAGCUCUCCAAGUUGAAGUUUGUGACCUUUGAUUUCAACACUUUAGAAGGUGCUUUGCCCCCAUCUUUGAUGAAUUGCACAAACCUUGUAGAAUUCCGUUUGGGAGACAACAACUUGGAAGGAGAUAUCUCCAUGCUUGAUUUCUCAAGAUUGAGUCAACUUAUUAAACUUGACCUAAGGAUGAAUAACUUCACUGGUACGGUUCCAGUAAGCCUUUACUCAUGUAGGUCCCUAAAAGCCAUUCGAUUGGCUGGAAAUCAUCUAGAGGGACAAAUACGAGUUGAGAUUCUUUCAUUGAAAUCCUUGUCCUUCCUCUCGCUUGGUUAUAACCGAUUCACCAACCUCACAGGGGCAAUGAAGAUAUUGAUGAGUUGCAAAAGUCUUCACGCACUCCUGCUUGGUGGUGCCUUUGAUGGUGAGGGAAUGCCAUCUGAUGAUGACAUGGUUGAUUUUGACGGAUUCCAAAAUCUUCG